UAAAAUAUUAAAGAGUUUUGUUGAUUGCUGAGAAUAAUCUUAAGGGAUAAUUAAUUACCUUCAACCGUCUCUUUCCAAAGCUGAAGGACGUGUGUUCUUCAUGAACAAUGCAGUGAACAAUCGCCAUACCUGGAUCGCUCUAAAUAUUGGUUAAAAGAUUUUGAAGAGACAUAUAACUUUUUUAGGAAAAAAUGUCGAACAUUCGCAUAAAAGAUCAGCAGAAGUCUGGGUCUCCAAAGGGAGAGGUGGGAGAAAUAGACACAAGAGCACCAUUUCAAUCUGUGAAAGCUGCUGUUAGUUUAUUUGGAGAAGUUGCUGUUUCUAAGGACAAACAGACCGUUAAAAGGACCAAACAACUCUCGUCCGAGAAUGUACUGGAAAAAGAAACGCAGCUUCUGCUGGCACAGAGGGAGCUCAGCAAGAUCAAACAACAGCUUCAGAGUGCGGAAUCCACAAAAUCCAGAGCGAAUGCUGAGCUCGAGAGGGCGAAGAGAACGCAGGAGGAGCUAACCACGAAGCUCUGUGCCAUCAACGAGUCCAUGAAAUCCGCCAUGGAAGCUGCAGAAGCUGUAAAGAUUCAAGCCAAGAAGCUUGAGGUCGCUAAAUCAAAGAAGGUGCUCGGAUUCGGCGGCGGCGGGAAUGGCGCUUGGAAACAGGAGCUGGACUACGCGAGAAGUGAGUACGCGAUCACCGUCGCCGAACUCGAUGCUUCUAAGCAAGAGCUCACCAAAAUCCGCCAGGAUUUUGAUGCGGCAUUGGAAUCGAAAUUGGCCGCGUUCCAGCUCGCCGCCGAGGCUCAACGAUCGGCGAAUCUCAACAGCGAUAGGGUUGUUGAACUUUCGAAGCAAAUCGCCGCAAUGCAGGAGUCCAUCGAACAUCUCAAAGAUGUUUCCACGGAAGCACAGCACGCGCAGCUUAAGAUUCUAGCCGAGAAAGAAGCGUGUUUCCAUGAUUACAAGACCGCCAAGGAAGAAGCAGAGAGGAAUCUGACGAUCCUUCGGAAGGAAAUCGAUCCUGAACUGACCUUAUCUCUUGAGGAAAAAUUUAUAGAAACAACUGCAGAGAUUGAGGUUUUGCAAGAGAAGAUGAAGAAGGCCCAUGCUUCUGAAAUGGAUGCUGUGAGAGCUGUGACUGCUGAGCUUCACGAAGCUACCAAGACUCUGCAGCAAAUUUCUGAAGAAGAAACCUCUCUCCGAACCUUAGUUUGUUCCUUGAGACUGGAACUGGAGAAUGUGAAGAAUGAGAGAGAGGAACUGCAUAACAGACUUGAUGAAGAAGAAAAAACGUUACAUGAACGAAGAGAGAAGACUUUGAAGCUCCUACAACUGCUGACUGAAGCUGAAACUGCAAGGCGAGAAGCCGAACAGAUGAAGCAAGAAGCCGCCCAGCUUAAGCGAGAUGCCGAAGCUAGCAGAUGUGCGGCAGAGGAAGCAGAGAGUAAACUAGAGAUUGUGCAGAAAGAGGCUGAAGAGGCAAAAGCAGCAGAGAAGGAAGCCCUUGAGAAGAUGAAGAAUAUAGCCGUAAAACCGACCCCCGACCCUGCUGCAGCCUCCGAGCCUACGUCGCAGAUCAAACUGACGGUGGACGAGUUCGAAUCGUUGAGCAGAAAGGUCAGAGAAUCUAAAAUGUUAGCAGACAAGGAGGAGGCAAACAGCAUGGCCGAGUUGCAGAUGAUCAAUGCAAGGCAAAGUGAAACGAUGAUGAAACUACAGGCCACCUGCAAAAUGAUAGAGGAGAUGAAGACAGCAACAGACACGGCGCUAAAGAAUGCAGAACUGGCAGACGCUGCAAAAAUGGUGGUCGAAGGUGAACUCCGGCGAUGGCGCCAGGAAGAACAACAUGUGCCACCUCAAGUUACUUCUGGACAUAUUUACAUUUAGCAUUCAAAUGCUACAAAAGUAGGAUUAGAACUCUAAAAGUUAAAUCUGUUCUCAGGGCAUCUUGUUGAAUGAUAUAAACAAAACUGGACAUCAAUCUUGAGCAACUGUACAUUUCAAUGGCUGUAAAAUGAAAA